AUGCUUCGUUCAAUAAUACUAGCCGUGCUCGCCUCAACACUGGCUCAAGCACACAUCAUCAUCUCCUACCCAGGAUGGAGAGGCAACAACCUUAUCACAAAUGAGACUUUCCCCUACGGCAUGCAGUGGAUGUAUCCAUGUGGUGGCUAUCCAACAACCACAAACAGGACAUUCUGGCCAACGACAGGCGGAGCCGUGGCAUUCCAGCCAGGUUGGUUCCAGGGCCAUCAGACUGCCUUCCUCUACGUCAACUUGGGCUUUGGCACCGAUGGACCUGGUGGCGGCCCCAGGAACAUGUCCUUCCCCAUGGUCCCGCCUUUCCAGCUUCUUGGUCCCUCCAAGAACCCAUACCCUGGCACCGUCUGUCUGCCGCAGGUGCCGCUUCCUGUCAACACGACAGUCAGGGCCGGCGACAAUGCCACCAUCCAGAUUGUCGAGAUUGCUGCCCACGGUGCCGCUCUUUUCUCGUGCGUUGACAUCACAUUCGCCGAGCCAAACGAUCCACGAAUCGAGAAGGUCAACAAGACCAACUGCUUCAAUAGCACCGACUUUGGCUUUGCCGAGCUCUACACCAUCACGACUCACGAGCCUGGCGCGUCUGCCAACAAGACCAGCGGCGCUCUGUCGAGGCUGCUUCAGCCCACCGCCUCGGCGUGGAGCUGGUUUGGCUACCUGCCAGUUGUGCUGGGCAGUGUGUGGAUGAUUCUCUAA